AUGCCGCUUCGCUCGCUCAUGCUCAGUAUCAGGAGUCUUUCAGCUCGAGGAGCUUCGACCUUCAGUCCUAAUAAGUUUGGUUCUUUGCAACGAAGUGACAUUCCUAUAGAACGGCUCGUCGUGCCCAAACCGGAGAAGACAAAAGACUUCGCAAAAGAAAAGGAUUUCACUGUCUCCAGAAGGAAGAUAAAGGAGCUCAAAAUUCCUGUCGGUAUAUCGAAAACAGAGCGAGAGCGAUUGGAAAAAAUGCAGUCCAAGGAAACGCCGCCUCCAAGUCAUUUGUGCUUGAUUCAAUGUUCUAAGCCAGAAUUCAACCUUCUGGAAUGCAAACCGGGUGUCAGUCAUUCUUUAUGCAGUACAUAUUGGGAGAAGAACAAGCACAGCGACGAGUGGUUCAUCAUCAGACGAAAGACAAAGGAGUCUAUAAGUCAGUUUGCUACUGAGGAAAAUGCAUGGGAACAUUAUGUACCGGAUCGUCUCGACCCGCUUAUA